AUGAGUGCUGACGAUCCUAAUCACCAUUUUAUUGUAAAGCCGUUCCCUGGAGCAACAGUCUCAGAUAUGGAGGAUUUUGUCAUGCCAUUGACAAGAAGGACGCCGGACAAGAUGACCUUACACGUCGGAACAAAUGACCUGAGAAGUCAUUCUACGCCGAAAAUAAUAGCAGACUCCAUUGUCAACAUUGUAACACAA